AUGUCGCAAGCAGUCCAUCUUUUUACCAAGAACCUACCUGGUUAUGGAUCAUCAGAAGGCAGAUGUCUCCCCUGUUCAGGAAUUUCUGCUAGAGCGGUUGCUGUUUCUCCUUGUUCUUCACGUGGCGUUCACUAUAUUCUUUCACAGGCCCAGUUUGGAAAGAUGAAAUGUUCUUCCAAGGCUUCAUCCAUUGUGUGCAAAAGUUCUGGCGGUCACAGGAGAAACCCAGACUUCUCUAGGCAAAACAAACAGGGGUUUUCACGAAACAGGAACAGGCAAAACGAAGAGAAAGACAGCUUUGAAAACCUUGAUGAAUCUGAUAUGUUAACAUCAAAGAAUGGGCCCGUACUCUCCUUCUCUGGGACGCCAAAGUUCCAAGCCACUGCUUCCCCUGGAUCAAGAGAGAAGGAGAUUGUUGAGCUAUUCAGGAAGGUACAGGCUCAGCUGCGUGAAAGAGCUGCGGUCAAAGAAGACAAAAAGGUGGAAGCUUCACAAGGAAAAGGUAGAGAGAGUGAAACUGUGGAUUCCCUCCUCAAGCUACUUCGGAAACACUCAAUUGAGCAAGGUAAGAAAAAAACCAGCAAUGCCAGCAGUGGAGACUUCAAUUUGGACCAGCCAGAGAAUGGAGCAUACAAGAAGGCUAAAAGCACAAGUUUCUUUAAUUCAAGUAAGAAAGAAAGGAAUGGUGACCUAGAGCCCAACACCUCGUUUACUAGGCCACCUUCGAAUUUCCGACGGAAGUCUCCAGUACCUCAAGUGAAAUUCCAGCCCAUUUUUUCAAGUGAGGACCCUGUUAAUUCUACAUCUCAUUUAAGUUUAAAUGGUGAGAAAAAGCAGCAGUUUGAGAUGCUCGCAGACACUACCCAGGAGCUUGAAUUGGACCCAGGAUUAGAGCCAGAGGAGGAGCCUGUGUUGAAUUCAGAGCUAGAGCCAGAGUCAGAAUCUUUCCCUGGUGAGGAUGUGUUUGAUGAGCUUUCUGAGGGUGAAUCUUCAGAUAUUGAUAAUGUCGAUGAGGAUGGUGAAAAACAACAGUUGAUUGAACAGGAGGAUUUGAGUUCGUUAAAGCUACCCGAGCUGAGAGCGCUUGCAAAAUCUCGGAGCGUGAAAGGGUUUUCAAAGAUGAAGAAAGGCGAGCUGGUGGAGUUGCUGAGUGGUAGUUCAAUGUGA